UUUCAGGCUUGGUGCAUUUGGUCCAUUGCUAUUUACAUUUCCUUCUCUUUUUUCUCUUCGCAAGGAAAUACCCAAACUACCCACAUCUUCACCUUCACCCUCCCCAUGCUUACUUCUCUGUUCUAAACCCUUGCUUGAAUCCCAGCGACGGGUUUAUCACCGUUCCAAAGCGCCAAAAUGCUUUCAGACAUGGUUUUUUAUAUUACCGUCAUAAAAAAGAGUGUAUCCCACGACUUCUCUUAGGUUAGUAACGUGACCACGAGCAUUGUUCAACGAACAACCAUUGAAGGCAUACAAAGUAUCAGUUCUCUCAGCCAUUGAAGGCACGAAUUUCGAUCUGAUUUCACGAAGCCCGAACCGAAAAUGAGAAACCCAAGACCCCAAAUUGGUUUAACCACUGGGAGUUACUUGCAACUUAGAGCUGCAAAUAUUCACAAUAGACCAAUUUCUGGUUUAAGAGUAGAGAAGUUGCAAUUUUCAAGUGUAAGGUUCUGUCUCAAGCAUAAAGUUUCCUGCAAACUUACUGAAGUGGGAAAUGAUUCAAGCUCAUCUAAGGAGCUUGGAAAGUGUCAACCUUUUGUUAAGAUGUGUGGCAUUGCUUCAGCUAAAGAUGCUGCAAUGGCAGCUGAAGCUGGUGCAAAUUUUAUUGGAAUGAUCAUGUGGCCUAACUCAAAACGUUCUGUUUCGCUUUCUGUUGCAAUGGAGAUAUCAAAAGUUGCAAGAGAUUAUGGAGCAGAGCCUGUGGGUGUAUUUGUGGAUGAUGAUUCUGAAACAAUUCUAAGAGCUUCUGAUGCAGCAAACCUUGAAUUUGUUCAGCUUCAUGGACAUGGUUCUCGGUUAGCUUUUCCGUCCUUAAUUCAGGAAAAUCGUGUAAUAUAUGUUCUCCAUGUAAAUGAGGAUGGAAGCCUUUUAAACACAAUUUCUGAUGAAGAGUGCUCUCUAGUUGAUUGGGUCCUUGUAGAUAGUGCAAAGGGUGGCAGUGGUAAAGCAUUCAAUUGGGACCAGUUGAAACUGCCAAACAUUAAAAGCAAGUAUGGUUGGCUCUUAGCAGGAGGGAUCCAUCCUGAGAAUGUUUCUGAGGCUCUAUCUACUCUCAGGCCUGAAGGGGUGGAUGUCAGCAGUGGCAUUUGUGCAUCAGAUGGUAUCCGUAAGGAUCAAUCAAGAAUAGCUUCUUUCAUGAAUGCAGUGCAUUCUUUUCAGUAUUGAUUUACCUUAAAUUAUUAUGAGUCUCAAGAAAAGAAAUAUUGUGAUUUGGAAAAAUCCUCAUGUUGUAUUGUUGCAAUUUUGUUUUCAAAUCCGAUUGUAUAUCUGAAGUUCUUCCUUGGGACCUGUUUUCUAGGCAUGAGAAUAUUAUAAUGGCGGGGGACAAUGCAUCAGUACGAUCUUUUAUACAAUUAAUAAAAAUCCGAAUAAAAGUUUCUUUUCCUUUAUUA